AAUAAUCUGACUCGUAACUUCCUUGUUUUCGUCGGAUCCAACUGAAACCAUUUCAUGUGUAAACGACCAAAACACAGAGGAGACGAAAUGCAUUUUACCUGGUGGAGAAGACAAGGCUGUAUAGCCUAAGAGCUCUCCCUUCAUCCAUCCAUCGGUUUAUGUGUGAAUCAUGAUGCUGUGUUGGGGAAGCAGUGCUUCGGGCCAGCUGGGCAUUGGUGCAUCAGAGGUGCCCGUCUCUGAGCCCAGGAACUGUUGCAUGUUUGACGGGAGGGGUCUGAAAGAAGUGGCAUGCGGCAGCCACCACUCACUCUUCCUGUUGCAUGAUGGGAGUGUGUACGCAUGUGGCUCCAACAGCUACGGUCAACUGGGCCAUGACAAGGGAGGAGGCAGGCCAGAGCUGGUUGGAGCACUGGAUGCUCAGAAAAUAGCUGGGAUAUCGUGUGGUCAGGCUCACUCUCUGGCUGUGAAUGAGCAGGGGCAGGUGUUUGCCUGGGGGGCCGGUGAAGGUGGACAGCUGGGUCUGGGUACGGCUGAGGAAGCAGUCCGGGUGCCCAGGUUGAUUAAAAAGCUGUGCAAACAUCGAAUCUCACAAGUAAUGUGUGGCAACCAGCACUGUAUAGCACUUUCAAAAGAUGGUCAGCUGUUUGUAUGGGGUGAGAACUCCAGCGGUCAGUUGGGUUUAGGGAAGAGUGAGCCCAGCUCUCUGUCUCCUCAACCGCUCAAAUCUCUCUGUGGGAUUCCGCUGGCUCAGAUCAGUACUGGAGGAGACCACAGCUUUGCCUUGUCCCUCUCUGGAGCUGUGUUUGGAUGGGGGAAAAACAGCGCUGGACAACUAGGGCUCAAUGAUUCGCAAGACCGGGCUGUUCCCUGCCACAUUAAGUUCCUGCGUUCACAGAAGGUUGUGUACAUCAGCUGUGGAGAUGAGCAUACCGCUGCCUUGACUAAGGAAGGGGGUCUGUUCACAUUUGGAAACGGUUUAAGAGGACAGCUGGGCCAUGACUCCACCAACAACGAGCCACUUCCACGCAGAGUGAUGGAGCUCAUGGGUACUGAAGUGUCUCAGAUCGCUUGUGGACGGCAUCACACCUUGGCAUUUGUGCCCUCCACCGGUCUGGUUUUCACUUUCGGCUGCAACAAUCAGGGCCAGCUGGGUACAGGAAUAAGAGGAUAUGCCAAGAGCCCAUUUCCCAUCAGGAACAUCCAGCCCCUUUGCAUUGAAAAUAUACACACAAAAGCAGAGUGCUACACCGUCAGUAAAGUUCACAGUGGAGGCGAUCACAAUUUCCUGUUGUUGUCCAACAAGGAGAGUUCAUGUUGUCCUGAGGAUUUCCGCAUUAUGAAUAUGACCAAAAGCAUCGCUCUGAUUAAUUCGGAGAAUCUGGAUACCUGGAGGAUGAAGCUCCAUGAAAACAGUGAUUCAAACACAGCAAAUGACAUCAUAGUCCUGUUGUCCUCAACUGCAUGUUGGAAUGCCAGCUUCUUGGACAAAAGUGAUGACGGUCAUUUCAAAACAAACCCCAAAGUCCCAGGCAUCGACUUCAAUGCUGUCAGACUGCUGUUUGAGACGCUCAUGAAACCAGCCUUCUCUAGAAUGCUGGAGCAGGCCUCUAAAAGCUUUGAGAGUCUGCUGAUCCCUCAGCUGCCCUGCUCUCCUCCUGACGUGGAAGCCAUGAGGAUCUACCUUAUCCUGGCUGAAUGUCCCGCUCUCCAGGACUCCAAAAACUACAUCUCUCUCACCAUCCCUCUGGCCAUGGCCAUUCUCAGACUGGACGCCAACCCCAGCAAAGUGCUCGAUAACUGGUGGUCUCUGGUGGAUUGUGAGAUGUUCUCCAGACUAGUAGAGAUGUAUAAAAGCAUAGUUGUGUUUUUGUUGACUGGUGGUAAAGCUCUUUUAAUGCCGGUGUUUCUGGAGAGCUACAUCAGUGCAGCACUGAGACUGCUGGAAAAACUGCACAAGGUGAACUUGAAGGCCCAUCGUGUGGAUUACAAUCACUUCUACAUCCCUGAUAUCUCCAGCCUGGUGGACAUCCAGGAAGACUACCUCAAAUGGUUUCUGCGGAAAACAGAUAUUAAAAUGCAAUACCCUCCAGUGCAGAGUUCUUUCACGUUAUGUGCCUAUCCGUUCAUAUUGAACGCGCAAGCCAAGACAACCGUGCUUCAAACAGAUGCUGAGCUGCAAAUGCAGAUGGCGGUAAGCGGCGCUAACUUGCACAAUGUCUUCAUGCUCUUGACCAUGGAGCCUUUGCUGGCGAGGAAUCCUUUCAUUGUGCUCCACGUACGGAGAAACCAUUUAGUGAGCGACGCUCUGCGGGAGCUUACGGUCUACAAUGACUUAGACUUGAAGAAGCCACUUAAGGUCAUCUUUGAUGGAGAGGAAGCAGUAGAUGCUGGAGGAGUCACCAAGGAGUUUUUCUUACUCCUGCUCAAAGAGCUGAUGGAUCCCGUCUAUGGCAUGUUCACACAGUACACAGAGUCCAAUCUACUCUGGUUCUCUGACAAAUGUUUUGUGGAGCACAAUUGGUUCCACCUGAUUGGGAUAAUUUGUGGUUUGGCUAUUUAUAACUCAACUGUGGUCGACCUACACUUCCCCCUCGUGCUCUACAAGAAGCUUCUGGAUGUUUCACCCACUCUUGUGGACCUGAAAGAGCUUUCUCCUACAGAGGGCAGGAGUCUUCAGCAGCUUCUGGAGUUUGAGGGAGAUGUUGAGGAGACCUUCUGUCUGAACUUUGCAAUCACAAGAGAGUAUUAUGGGAUCACGGAGGUGAAAGAGCUGGUACAGGGAGGGAAAACCAUCGCUGUGGACAAGACAAACAGGAAGGAGUUUGUUCAGGCGUAUCUGAAGUAUGUGUUUAGUGACUCCGUUCGGGAGCAGUAUUCGGCCUUCUCCAGCGGUUUCCUGAAGGUCUGUGGUGGGGAGAUCCUUUCUCUCUUCCAGCCCUCUGAGCUCAUGGCCAUGGUGGUGGGCAACAACAACUACAACUGGGAGGAAAUGGAGAAGAACGCCACAUACAAGGGCGAGUUCUCUGCCUCCCACACGACAGUGAGGAUGUUCUGGGAGGUGUUUCAUGACUUCCCUUUAGAGAAAAAGAAACAGUUCUUAUUGUUCCUGACAGGCAGCGACCGCAUCCCUAUCCACGGCAUGGCCAGUUUACGCAUAGUCAUCCAAUCGACGGCCGCGGAAGAGCACUACCUGCCUGUGGCUCACACUUGCUAUAACAUGCUGGACAUGCCCUGCUACCAGACCAAAGAGACCCUACGGCACAGGCUCACACAGGCUGUGGAGCAGUAUGAGGGCUUCAGUCUGGUCUGAGCGGGACUAGUGGGUAGCGAGGUUGAGCUGCGGAGGUCUGGAAGCUGGCCUGUAGGGCUCUUGAGCAUCUGCUUACACUGCACUUUAAACCUGUUGAGAAAAAGGAAUGAAAACUGCUCUCACAUUUACCACAGAAGAGCACAUACUGUAUCUGAUAUGAGUAAAUCUAUUAUUUUCCCAUUUUUUUUGAGAGGGACUUCAUUUGGUUGCGUUUUAAUAUGUGCACUAUUUUUCCUUGACUGUUUUUGUUAUCAAAGUUUAUAUUUUUAAAUAAUACAAAUAAAUAAUCGGCAUGCCGUAGUCAGCAAAAUAAAUUAAAGAUAAUUUCUUUAUAUAUUUAGAAAUAUCAUUGAUGUUUUUUAAUCAAAACUGGUAGAUUGCUCUGUUGUCAAGACCACAUAAUUUUGCAAUUUUGAUUUUCUGGGAUGACGUAAACUAAUUUAAGUAAAAUGCAGAAAUUCCAGAGAUGUGCUGUUAAAGGAAUAUUCCUGGUUCAAUACAAGUUAAGCUCAAUUGACAACAAUGUGGCAUAAUGUUGAAAAAAGCAAAAAUCAAGGUUGCAGUGAGGCACUAACAAUGGAAGUGAAUUGGGCCAAUUUUGGGGUUGUUUAAAGGCAGAAAUGUGAAGAUUCUACUUUUAUGAAAGCACUUUCAUUCAUUCUCCUGUUAAGACGUGCAUUAUUUCAGCUGUAAAGUUGUUUAAAUCAUGGUUUUUAUGGUAGGUUUAGGAUUUACAGCAUUACGUCAUCAUUGCAACGAAGUUAUGAAAUUGGAAAUAACUUUACAGAUUAGCUCCAUUCACUACCAUUGUAAAUGCCUGACUGCAACCCAGAUUUUUGCUUUUUUUAGUUUUUUAAAGAAAAGGAGGGACAAGUCGAAACUUUAUGUAGUAAUCAACAUUACGCCACAAAUACAGUCGAUUGUAUCUUGUAUUGAACCCAGAAGAUUUCUUUAGUAUCCAUCCAGAAAGAGAUCUCUAUCACAACCCUCUCAUCCAAAUUGGGGGCUCGUCCAGGAUAAAAAAAAAAAAAGUCCAUCAGCACCAGACAGACAUUUUCAGACCUAACAAACUAAAGGGAUUUAAUGUAAGAACGAAUCCCUUUUUCGAAGCUUUACCCUUUCUGUUUGUGCUCAAAUAAUACAGAUUAUGCAGUUCCGCACUUUCUGAAUUCAUUCUUACGUCUUUUUUUCAUUGAUGUUCAUUUGUAAGUCAUUAUAAACACAAUGUUUCUUCUUAAUGAUAGGCAUGCAUGAGCGUGCCAUGCCCAGGUGGACG